AUGUCCGGGACGAAAGGCGAGCUUGCCGAGUCGCUCGGCCGCGCCAUCGAGCAGCCGUCUGUGCUGAAGGAGCCCUUUCACGUGCUCGCGAUCGACGUCGGCCUGCGCAACUUCUCGUUCAGCCGCUUCCGGCUGGACAGGCUGGACGAGAGCAGCGUGCCGUCGCUCCUGCAGUGGUACAAAAUGGACCUACACCAGUACACCGGCAUCGAGAACGAGGAGUUCACGCCCGUCAACUACAGCCAGAUCAUGGGUCACGUGGUGCGCGAUCUCGUGUACGCCGGCGAUGUGCCCGACGUGGUGGUGGUGGAGCGGCAGCGGUUCCGCACAAUGGGCAACAAGAACGUGUUUGAGCACAUCUUGAAGAGCAACAUUCUGGAGAGCAUCCUGGUGGCCACGAUACUGGCCAAGGGCAGCUGCCGCGUGGAGAGCCAGUCGCCGCAGAAAAUGGCGUCGUACUGGACAAGCGGCAAGGACUCGAAAACCGAGCGAAUGGCCAAAGUCGCGCGCGUGCUACGCACCGGGCCCGCCGCCAAAACUGCCCGCCGCACGGUCCCCGUCGCGCCACCUCUACGACCAGAUGGUGUAUCUCAACUCUAUCAAUUCUGUCUACAAGAUCGACGCGGCAGAGUCGCGCAAGAAGGGCGACGACGUGGCCGACUCGCUGCUGCACGGGCUGUGCUACCUCGACUUUGA